AUGUCUGGCAUCGAAGUGGCCGGUCUCAUUUUUGGCAUCGUGCCCGUUGUCGUCGAGAUCCUCAAGUCGUAUAACUCAUCUAAAGAGCGCCUCAAGUCCUUCACGCAUCAUGUACAGGUGGUUUACGAUGUGCAGUUGCGAUAUCGCGUUGCCGCGACUAAUUUUGCCAACGACUGUCAACUCCUGCUCAAGCCCGUUAUAGGAAAUGCCCACGAGCUUUCCCAGAUGAUCGACAACCCCAGCCAUAGCGGCUGGCAAGACCCGUCUUUCGAAGAACGACUACGCAAAUAUCUGGGACGAGACUGUCAAGUUUUCGAGGAGGUGGUCAUAAAAAUUCGAGAUGUGUUACGUGCCACGGGUGCGCGACUAUCAAAGGUCGACCAAGACCUGUCCGCGGGACAGAACGACUCUCGCGUCAUGUCACUGAGGCAGCUCUACACGGCCUUCGACAUAUCUCGUAAAGAGAAUGCGUACCGCAAGUCACUGGAUGACCUAGACCAGUGGAACACGAAGCUGGGUUGUCUACGCGAUCAGCGAAGCAAGCUGCAUAAACACCGCAGCCGUCGCCCCGAUGCCCUUAUUCGUAAGAGCGUACCGAAACGAUACAGCGAUAUUCGCACCGCUUCCCAACGGCUUCACGAUUCGCUCAAAGAGUCAUGGUCGUGCACCAACAUCUCACACGUUGGUCACCAAGCCAGAUUGUCUCUAGAUGCCGAAGCCGACCACGGUACGGCACAAUUAGAUAUGGUUAUUGCCUGUCGCCGAACAGCCUCUAUCGGGGUAUCGAAAGGAGAAAGCAGAGUGCCGGAAGAGCCACCGAUAUGGUUACAAGUUCGGUCUAUCACCACUAAUGAGCACAUCGCGCAACCUGCGCUCAAUUCACCCUCAAUCCUGGGCAGCUUAUCAGCCUCUGCACACCUUCAACCCAAUCCUUUAGUAUCGAUAGCUAAAGCCUCCACACCAGCUUCUGUAGUUCGCAAAGUUAAGAAAAAUCUCAAGCGAGUACACUUUGACACAUCAGCCGGCAAUAUCACGACAUCAAACCGUUCGCCUAGAAAAUCGACAUCGCUCAAAGCAUCUGAACCCACCUCCGCCGUCACUUUCGCUAUGCUGGAUCUGAGAGCUACAGCUAGUGUUUGUUGCCAUUUGAGUAAAGCGUGUCGGUCAGCACCCUGCAAGGACAUCUCUUUGGGCUAUCUAGAAUCCCUUGAGAGCCCUCACUCGUUCACAUUCAUCUUCUACGAUGCGGGGCGCAACACCGAAGCCAACAUGGCAAAGAACAUGCCUGGAAAAGAUUCCUACUCCAUCCGCAUGGAACUUGCCAAACUCCACACUCUCCACCAGCUGGUGCUUGCUCACAAAAUUGCUACAGGGGUCCUGCAGUAUCACUCCACUUCAUGGCUAUGCCGGGACUGGGGCCUUGAGGACAUCUCGUACUUUACAAAUACUACAUCGGUCACCAAAAACCAGUCGUCUGGACUUGAAGACCAGAUCACGAAGACACUACAAACUUUGCACCUAAGCACGCAAUUUCCAUCUGAGUCUUCUCCUGCGAAAUUUAGCCCCAGCAGUGACCCAGAUGAGCUGAGUUACGUGUAUGGUAUUCGCAAUCUUACGCUCGCCGGAUUGGGUGUAGCGCUUCUCGAAAUUGGCAUCAAGCAAGAACUAGGUAGCGUCAGCCUAGAUUCAUCUGUUCCAAUUCCCCACCGCAUCAUUGGUGCUCGAAAAAUGCUACGUGGGGAGCCACCCUCGUUGAAAAUGCUCGGAAAGCGGUACAUAAAAAUGGCUCGCCAAUGCAUCGAUUGCGAUUUCUCCUCCGGCGAAGACCUUACGGAUGAGGCACUGCGUAGCGCGGUGUAUACAGACGUCGUCUGCGGCCUCGAAGACAUGAUCACGGAUUGGAAGAGAUUCAUGGGAAGUUGA